AUGAUCGUCGAACUCACAGUCCUCCCGCUCGCGUUGAUAUGUAUGGGCCUGCGGUUGUAUGUGAGAAUUUGCAUGCUGAAGAAGAGCUGGUGGGAUGAUUGGUUGAUGGCAGCCGCGACCGUCUUCUGCUGUGGCGUUACUGUCUCGGUGAUCCUUGCGCUGACGUACUCUCGUGUCACAGCAACACAGCUGUACGGCUGGAGUCUACACACUUGGGAUCUGACCUAUACGCAGAUGCUUCAAGGCCGCCAGGUCUCGAUUGCAGGGCAGACCCUAUUCGUAUUCGCUUCCGGUCUUGCUAAACUCUCGAUCUUGGCCAGCUAUCUCCGGGUAGCACUCCCCGGGUCCUGGUUCCGGCGGUUGACCUGGGCUGCCAUUGGCAUUGUUGGGGCUGCGAUCCCGGCAUUUCUCCUCCUGCUGUGGCUACAAUGCAACCCUGCUUCCUCUUAUUGGAACCUCUUUGCCAUGUCCCGGGACUGCAUCCCCGAGGCGCCACCACUGCUAGCGCAGACAACGGUGACAGUAAUUACGGAUUUCAUCGUAUACGUUCUACCUAUGCCGACGUUAUGGGGUCUUAAACUUCCUCUAGGCCAACGUGUCGGUCUUAUGAUGCUUUUUGGACUCGGUAGUGUUGUGGUUAUAGCUGGAUGCAUGCGGACGUAUUGGAUAUACCACGUCGAGCUGGAGACCUACGACGUUACGUGGGAAGGGUUUUACCUCUGGAUAUGGGCGGCUGUCGAGGUAAACCUUGGUGUCAUUUGUGGAUGCGCGCCGGUACUGAAACCUCUCCUCUUCGCUCCGGCAUCGAGAAGAGGCACCCAAUAUAACGCAAAGCCCGGUGCCCUGAAUACCAUUGGAUCAUCAACGAACCAUUGGACCUCCAAGAAGAGAGGGCUUGGCUCCACCAAACCGGGGGAAGGUGCGAUUGGCUAUAUCAACCUCGACAGUCUCGAAAAGGGGCGGGUCGCUUCCAAGACCGUUUCGAGCGCUUUCUCGUCAAUGGUAGAAGGAGACUCCCUGAAUGGAAAGAAUACCAGUGAAGAGUCGCUUGGUCUUCCCCAUCAACCGCGAGAGGCCACGUUCACGGGACACAACUCAGGGAAGCCUGACCUUAACGCUGAUGAUCCAGUUCUCUGGAAGCAGGAGGAGCAAGAGAUAGGCACCCGGACUCAUGACAAAUCUGAAUAG